GGGAAAGUAAUGCAAAAGAUUGGCCGGUAUAAAACCUGAGGACUUUGAUAGAAACUUCAGUAAAUCAACAGCGUUUACCGCCACACCACCCCAUCAUCAGGGGACUUUGCCAAAAUGAAGUGUUGGGCACUCUUGGUUACCCUUGGGUGCUUAUUCGUUGCCCCGAUCGAAAGUAUCCCUGCUGGUCUCUCGCGUGUCAAAAGAUCCCAUCAUGAACCCGAAGGCUACUGGAGCAAAAAAUUAACUUGGAAAACAGAAUGGGUCAAAGUCUGGAAAACCGAAAAGAAACUCAUCUGGAAACCAGAAUGGAAAAAAUCCCAAAUCCCGGCUUGGAAGGAAAUCCAGGUACCAAUCUGGAAGGAGAUCCAAGUCCCGGAUUGGAAAACCAUAACUAAACCCAUCUGGAAGGAGACCCAAGUCCCGGCAUGGAAGGAAAUCCAAGUCCCCGACUGGAAGAUAGUUCAAGUUCCGGCCUGGAAGGAAAUUCAAGUUCCAGACUGGAAGGAAAUACAAGUCCCGGACUGGAAGGAAAUCAAAGUGCCCGACUGGAAGGAAAUCCAAGUACCCGACUGGAAAGAAAUCCAAGUUCCCGACUGGAAGGAAAUCCAAGUCCCUGAUAAGAAACAAAUCUGGAUCCCGGUCUGGAAGGAGAUCCAAGUCCCCGCUUGGAAGGAGAUCCAAGUGCCCGACUGGAAGAAAAUCUGGGUGCCUGAAUGGGUGAAAGAGGGAAUCCCUGGAGAGCACUAUUUGGGAAAAGAUCACCAUGGGGCCGAAUACACUGCUCACGAUUUAUGGAAGAAGAAACUCAUCUGGAAGCCUGUCUGGAAGAAGAUCUGGCGCACCGAAAAGAAGCAAAUCUGGAUCCCCCAGAAGAAACUCGAAUGGAAACCCGAAUGGAAGACCAUCUGGCGAACGGAGAAGAAGCAAAUCUGGAGAACCGAGAAGAAACAAAUCUGGAGAACCGAGAAAAUCCAAAUCUGGAGGACGGAAAAGAAGCAAAUCUGGAGGACCGAAAAGAAACAAAUCUGGAGAACCGAGAAGAAACAAAUCUGGAUCCCGAAAAAGGAACAGAUCUGGAGGACCGAAAAGAAACAAAUCUGGAUCCCGAAGAAGGAACUCAUCUGGAAACACGAAAAGGUGCAAAUCUGGAGGACAGAAAAGAAGCAAGAAUGGGUGACGGAAAAGAAACAGAUCUGGAAGGACGUCUGGAAGAAGAUCUGGGUGCCCGUAUGGAAGACCUACGAAGUCCCAGCUUGGAAAAAGAUUUCAAAGCCUGUUUGGGAAAAAGUGUGGGUCAAGGUACACCACCACCACCACGGCUGGGACUGAUCUUUAGUUAAUUUUGUUACUUUUCUGUAAAUAAUUCUUGCUACUCCUCUUAGUACAAAACGCUGUAUAUACCAGGCUCGCCAGUGAGUUAGUUCUUGUUAUAAGCUUCUGUAUUGUUAUUGUUUAGUUUUUAAGUCUUGUACAAUAAAGCGAAUUUUUAUAAAA